CUACGGUGAAGACAAUUUCCACCUGUUCGUCUCGUGGUGCACAGUACAGGUGGCCGCCCUUUAUGCGAACAGAGGCCUCAUCAUCAACUACUACGGCGAGAUUCCCGACAGGACAACACUCUACUACAGAGCCUUCUGCGUCAGCAGAGCCCUGUUGUUUUCGCAAGCACUCAUCGCGAGAUACAAUGGCGACGUCCUCAAGAGUAGCGCAGCCGUCGUCGCAAAAGAAAUAGUGCUGUCCGUGCGUCUCGCCUUUUCGCAUCGUCUAUCCAACUGGCCUUACUACAACGAAAACAUAACGGUGGUCGCAAACUGGAGUUCAUUGGAGUCUGCCUUCCGCAACAUCGAAUAUGGCAACCAAGGAAGAACUGACGGCGGAGCGAUUCACGACAUGCCGGACAUGACAGAAUCUUUUGUGGCGAACUGGCAGCACUCGGUGCGGUUGAAUAAGACACGGGAACUGGGGCAACUGGCGUACGCGAUCCGGCGCCUGUGGUUCUUCUUAUGGCUUUGGGGAGAGAAAGAUUUUCAGAUGAUGCCGUACACUCUGUCCUUCCCGUUUUUCGACCCGAAUCUACCCAACCCCAUCAACUUCGGAGGCUUCGGAAGCGAAGUGGUCGCCGCCCUGGGAUCCACCUUUAUCGGAUCCUACCAGGCAUACAGCAGCGCGACCGAUUAUCUGAUCAGCUGCUUGAAGCGUGGGCAGUCGGGCAGGGAAGAAUACUCCGAAACAUCCGUGAACCGCGUAUUGGGCUACAGGGCCCUCGUGGACGCUUACAGGCAAGCUCCUAACACUACUUGGGCCCUUCGGCAACUCGAGCAGUACAGUGACUUGCAGCUUCUCUUCAUGUCGUCGUGUUUCGUUAUGUGUUCGGGACGUUAUAGAGGACAGCAAAACGAAUGCGAUAUGCUCGCGCAGUAUGUUCCCGAGUUUGCAGAGGUUUUUAAGUGCAGCCAGGGAUUAAACACAUCUGAGCACUGUCAACUGCUAUAGAGGGCCAUUCGCACCAUCGUAUGUUUAAUGUGUAUGUUUUAUUGCUAUAACGCUAUUGCUAUGUGCAUGUUUUAUUGUCGUGAUGAUAAAUUUAGUGUCGAACGCUGUAGUAUUGUCAAUUAUCCUUUUAUAAAACGACCUCUUUGUGAGCGCUUGGCACCAGUACCUCGUGCACUUUGUGAACAUGCAUUCAGUGCCAAGUUGUACUCUUGCCUGUUCGCACUCCUGGGAAAAUUAUAUUUUUGUUCUCUCAGUUCCUGCUGUUCUUUUGGGAAGCAAGAGUGAAAGUGGGAGAUUGAGAACCCUUACUUUCUCCGUUUUCAGUGACAUCAGCGUCGUUGAGAAUAAUGGAGUGAC